CAUCUGCCUCAUUGUUUCCGGGCUGUCAAUCUUAGGGACCAAAGUCAAGCAGGUAUGAUUAAAGCUUCUUAGAAUGAGACUGGAUGCAAAGAAGGAGCGAACUGACUCAAUUACGGACGGGCCGAUAAUCCCCCAAUAAAUUCUGUAAAACUUCCAGGUAAAAUCGUCAUAUCCUGGAGCCUGAGUAGCAGCAAUUAAGAAGACUGCUCUCCUUAUCUCCUUCGGUUCAACCUCCGCUAUCAAGCAAGCAUUCAUCUCAUCGCUCACAACCCCUUCCAUUGGCAAGGACUGGAGCUGAGCUUCCAUAUCUUCAACCUGGUUUUCAGACAUGAAUAGAGCUUCAUAGAAUUUAACAGCUAAAGAGGCUUUCUCGACCUCUCCCGUACACCACCUCCCAUCUGGAGUUUGUAGUUUCUCCACUAUAUUUUUCCGGCGACAGACUCGGGUAACAACGUGGAAGUAGCUCGUAUUUUUAUCCCCAUCUUGCAGCCAAUGAACACGAGGCUUUUGAUACUAGUACCUCUCCUCUGCCGUCCAUUGGCUGUUAAGUUCCGUUUCCAGCCUAUUAAUUUGCUCCCAAUCAAUCGAAGCUACUUGCUUUAACGCCCCAAAUUCAUUCUGCAGAAUUCGGAUAUUGCGAGCAGAUUUACUAGUGCCUGCACGACUCCAAUCAUAAAAAAGAUGAUGCAACUGCUUCAGCUGCGACCACAAUUGGUACAUUGCUGAGCCACCUAUCUCCUGCUCCCACACAUAAUUGACAAACAGCUUCACUUCCGGGUUAUCAUCCCAUCCCGCAUUGAAGCGAAACAGUGGACGAGAGUGUCGCACAUAAGGUUUACUCGCAAUCAACAACGAACGAUGAUCAGAACCAAGGUCUCUACAGUGUUGCACAAUGGACUGCGAGAAAGCUUCGAGCCAAGAAUGGGGAUCCAAAGCUCAAUCCAACCUUUCUCUAAUCCUCGCCGCUCCCAUCCUCCUGUUCGACCAAGUAAAAGGGCUACCUCGGAAGCCAAUGUCUCCAAGUCCCAGCACAUCCAUCGACUCACGAAGAGCCUGGGUAGAGUCCGGGUUCCAUGGGAAGCCACCUUCUUUUCUGAGGAACUUAACACACAGUUCAAGUCCCCAAAAAUCUAGAAAAGGAUCUCUCAGGAAGCGGGACACCUGCAAGCUGAUCAGCGAGAGACUGAAUAUCCCGAUGGCACAAGACUUGGGUCACUAUCUUGGAUUCCCAAUCUUACAUGGUCGUAUUACGAUGGAUACGUAUCGAUACAUUUUUAAUCGUAUUAAUAAGCACCUAGCAGGAUGGAAAGCGGAUAACCUUUCGCUACCGAGACGCGUUAGACUGGCCAUGUCAGUUUUGAAUGUGAUUCCCUCCUAUGCGAUGCAAACUUUUGUUCUUCCUGCAGGAAUAUGUGACCAGAUUGAUCAAAAGAUCUGGGCAUUCAUAUGGGGCUCUCAACAAGGAAGACGGCGUAUACACCUUAUUAAUUGGGAGACGAUAUGCCUCCCAAAAGACCAAGGCGGCCUGGGGCUCCGAUCGGCUCGAGAGCUUAAUGCAGGAUACCAUAUGAAGCUAGCUUGGACAAUGUUAACCAAGCCUGAAGAAUUGUGGGUACAGGUAUUAAAAGAGAAGUAUCUCAAAGCUGGACCUUCGAGUGUGCAGGUGCGACGUCAAUCGGACGGCUCCUCAUUAUGGCGGGGACUACCACGUAUCUGGGGACUGACUCUAUCAGGCAUCUGUUGGAGUGACUCCCUAUGACACAAAUCCUAACAAUGGCCAAGUGUAACCAAUGAAAGGGACUGCAGUAUAGUGGCCCAAGUAAUAAAUAUCGAAUCCACGGGUCUCUAGAGUUACUAUUACUCAGCUUCAGUUCAUUAUCUAGCAAACAAGAUUAAGAUGAAAGAACUAAAACUACUCUAGCAAACUACAGUUAAAGUUAAUCUAAUUACAGGUUGGGAGCUCACUUAGGUAUGAUUCCCCCUAGCCACUAGCCAGAUUAAUGAUUGAUGAUCUCUAACCUGUUUCACUUUCAUUCACAAUGCGGAGAAUCCUUGACUAGACCUUUAGUCUCGACUAAAGGAACAAGGCCCUCUUGAGUCAAUUGCCUAGAGGGACGUAUCCUUUUCUAGAACAACCGAUCAAGGCGUUCUGAACUAGAUUCCCUCUAUCGAAUGAGGUUCUCAAUCAAUUCAAAGCAUUGCAUCAACCCUCGAAUAAAGAAAUCGAUCCAAUACUAUCAAUCUAUGGUGCUAUAAUCAGGUAUUCGCUCUCAUAGGAUCAAAGCAGAAUCAAUAAUCUCGACUAAAGCAUAAUUGAAUCAUGAAAACGUGCAUAGAUUGAAUAUGAACUCAAGAUUAUCAAGUAGGAGUAGUCAUACAAUUAUCCAAUCAAACAAACAUAGCUAGGUUUCCUCAAAACCUAAGUGAAGGGAAUUUACUCCAUAGAGAAGAGAGAGACUGCAGUAAGAAUCUUCAGAUGAUCAGUCUUCAAGUCCGGGCUUGUUCCUCGAGCUUCCUAUGCUAAGAAAUCCUUCAGUUCCACUCCAAGAAUGCCCUCAAAUCGCCCUCUCUCUCUCUUUGGUUCGUCCCGUGGGUGUUUGGGAUCCAAAACCCAGCUCUCCCCAUCCUUUGGCUCGAAAUUGGGUUAAAAACCCAGAAUUUCCUGACCACACGGCCGUGUGGCUUUCCAGUAUGCCCGUGUGGAUGUCAAAACACCGCGUUUCGAUUAAGUGACUUCCAGCCAUCCUACACGGCCACAACCACACGGCCGUGUGGAUUUCCAGGCUGCCCGUGUGAGUUCCCUGGAAUUUCCACACGGCCAUAUGGGUUCCCUUACACGACCAUGUGGGUUUUAGGCAUGCCCGUGUGACUUCCUCAGCUUCUCGGCAAACGUCCGAUCUCCGUCCAAUCGACCCCAAACUCGUUCCUAAACCUUCAUUCACGUACUAGGACCUAAAAUAUCACAAACAAGAACAACCUAGUGUGAAAUCAGCCUAAAUUACGAGAAAUAAGAAUCAAACGGUACAAGAAUGGUGGACAAAAACAUGUGUAUAUAUCGAGUCAUCAAAUUCCCCCUCACUUAACUAUUUGCUUGUCCCCAAGUAAACCUAACUCAAACCAAUGCAACUCUCCAUACCUCUAUAGCAACAAACAACCCUGAUUGUCGGUAGAGGAUUUUCUAGAUCAUAAAGAAGCUUACGAGGUCAACUGGUCUUCUAAGACGUCCCCUAUCUCUCUCAAUGCGAGUACUAGACUCAAGCCAGGAUCAUGAGAAGAAGUGGAAGUAAGACAGUCAGUUCAUGGAUAAAGGGACUCAUACCAU